AUUUGACAGAACAAUUGACAAAUUUUACAUUGUUGUUGUCCAUUAUUGAUUUUAUUUUUCUUCUUUGCGAAAUUUAUAAAUUAAAUUUUAAAAUUUAAAUUCUUAAUUAUUAAAUGGAACCAAAAAAAAAGAGUCAGAAAUCAUCUUCAAAAUCGUGUGAUGGAACAUCAGCUGCAGUAUCAAACAAAAUAGAUGAUAAGAUACAAAAUGCUCAACACAAACAGUCAUCUGAAAUGGCAUUUCGAUGUGAUUUGUGCAACUUUAACACUUCGUCAAAGGUGAAAUUAUCUAUACAUAAACGACGUCAUGCCGAUAAAGAAAAAUUGAAGUCAUGUGAUGAAAGAUCAGCUGCGGUAUCAAGUGAAACAGAUGACAAGUCACAGAAUGCUCAACAUAAACAAGAAACUGAAAUGGCAUUUCGAUGUGAUUUGUGCAACUUCAGCACUUGGUCAAAGGAGAAAUGGUUUGUGCAUAAACAACGCCAUGAUGAUGAAAAUAAUUUGAAGAAAUCGGCAGAAAAAACUCGAAAGGGCGGCUAAUAUCUAAUUUUUUUAAUGGCGAAAAUAGAAAAGGAUAAAAAUAAAAUCUUCCAAUUAAUUUAUCAAAAUUAAAAUUACAUUUUGAAAAUCUUCAGCACCA